UUAUUGUCAUGCCUUUCAUGGAUAGUAAGCUUCUCACCUCCUGACAUCCCUAUUGCCUCAGCACUCUAAGGGUUUUGCGAGAUCAGUGGCUCUUGUUGCAACAAUGUAUUAACGGCGAGGCCGCGGACCAUAUUUUAGUUCUUGAGGACCACUGGUGGUCCAUGGACCACAGGUUGGGAACUGCUGAGAUAAACCAAACAUUUGGACAAACUAAGGGCUAGUUUUGAUCAUUUCCUGCUCUUCUAGAUUUUGCCUGUUUGUGUCCAAGGACAUCCUUUUACACCUUUUCUUGUUGAGAGUACUUUGUUCUCACAGUGAUAAAAGAAGUAUCUUUCUUCCACAUACUUCACAGAAGGUGACAGAGAGUUGACUGCUUUGGCAGCAUCCAGACAACCACCAACACUCUUUCUCACCUUGCAUCUUUGAAAGGGAUGCAAUACAACUAAAGGGGGAAGAGUUGUUUAUCCUUGAUGACCCAAGGUUGGAAGUAAUAUUGGGGUCCAUUUGGUUCACCAGAACAUGAAUAUGGAAAGUGAAAGCAUAGAAAUCUUCUUCUGCUUCUUGAAAGCAGCACAGACAAAACAGGAGAAGCUGUGGAUGAAACUUCCCUGAUGAGGUAGUGAAAUAGAUAAGGAUUUGAACAAUGCUGAUUAUGUAAGGCUUUGAUGGCUUCUGACUUUGAAAUAGAUUCAUUCCAAUGUAGCUGUUUAUCUGUCAGUGCCUGAUUUCAUUUGAAGGAGGAGUUACUAGAAAUGGUUUCAAAACCUGGGAGUUGAAUUGCCUGUAGUCUUGAAUGAGUCAGGUCUGGGUGCUAUUGGAAAGUGGAAGAGAACUAUUUCUAAGUUGAAUAUCUGAUCUGAUCAGUGUAAUUCUUUUCACAUUCCAUAUAUGAAGAGUUUGGAAAUAAGGUUCAGUGCAGUGCUGAAAUUCUCAAUAGGAGCCCUGACAAGUCACAUGCUGGUGUGAUGUACUGUUAUAAUGUACAGGGACUUUGAAGAUCCAGGCUUGAAUUUCACUGAUCCAUGAAAAUCAUUGAGUGACCUGAAAGUCAUACACACAUUGGAGCAAAGCUGGGCUAUAUAUUGAUGAGGAAAAACAUAACAGUUCAAAAUGCAGAGGAUUACCACUGUGAAUCCAGCGCUUCUGUUUACUGUACUUGUAUUCAUAGACGUUUUGUUCCUUCCUUUUGUAAGAUGAACAUCUUCCAAAUAUGAAAGCACAGAGAUUGUUGAAGGAAACCGUAUUUUUUCAUCUGCAUUAAAUGGAACAGGAACAUCUGCAAACAAAGUAAAUUCAUCCAAAACAGGACUUAUGAACCAGAUAUUUAUCCAUACUUUUUUGAAACUGGCAUAACUUGUAACUGUGUCCAUGCUGUUGACUUUUAUGCAGUACUUCUUUAAGUGUGACAUUUGAUAGGUUUCCUCCCCUGAAUGUAUUCUAAGGUUGUCUCAAGAGUAGUGAAAUGAAGAUCCUGUGUGAAAUAACAAUGUCUAUGUCUGUUUCUGAAGAGAACAAUUUCAUAAUGAUGUAAGCCUCUCCCAACAUCUGGAUGUGGUGCUAAAGGCAAAUCAUUUUUGAUCAGCUGACGUGAAACUGCAAAGAAGACCUUCCAUUCAAAUAACUUCUAGCCAAAAUAAUCUCAAACAUCAAUAUGCACAGAAUGAAAAGAAAAGCAAAGAUAACUUAGAUGAAAGAUUUCCAUAAACAAUAAAAAGAGAAGUGUGAAAUUGUUCCUGCUACAUUGCAGGAUCAAGGGAUUUUCUUGACUAUUGGACAGGCCUUGACAGAUUUAAAUCAAGUCAGAUGUCAUCAAACGAAUCAUCUCCUCCAUCUUUACCGAAGUUUUCACCAUCUGUGUCUCAUGCAGCUGCUCCACCAGCCCCUUCUUUAUCUUCAAGUCCACAAUCUGGACUCUCAGGAAGGUUGUCCAAUGGCAGCUUCAGUACACAAAGUCUCACCAACUCCAGGGGCUCUGUACAUGGAAUGUCCUUCUUGCUGCAGAUUGGUCUCACCCGUGAGACGGUUACCAUUGAUGCUCAAGAGCUCUCCCUUUCUGCUGUCAAAGACCUGGUGUGCUCUGUAGUUUAUCAAAAGUUUCCAGAGUGUGGGUUUUUCGGUAUGUAUGACAAAAUUCUCCUAUUCCGCCAUGAUCUGAACUCAGAAAAUAUUUUACAGCGGAUUACAUCAGCUGAAGAGAUACAUGAAGGUGAUCUCAUUGAGGUUGUCCUAUCUGCUUUAGCUACAGUUGAAGACUUCCAGAUUCGUCCUCAUAUGCUUUAUGUGCAUUCUUACAAGGCUCCUACUUUUUGCGAUUAUUGUGGAGAGAUGCUUUGGGGCUUGGUACGGCAGGGAUUGAAAUGUGAAGGGUGUGGCUUAAAUUACCACAAACGAUGUGCUUUUAAGAUUCCAAACAACUGUAGUGGAGUAAGGAAGAGGCGUUUAUCAAAUGUGUCUUUACCUGGAUCUGCACUUUCAGUCCCAAGAUCAAUACAAACGGAGUGCACAACCCCAACAACAGAAGAGCGUUGUCUCCUGGAGCCCAGUAAGAGAAUUCCUUCCUGGAGUGGCCGUCCAAUAUGGAUGGAAAAGAUGGUGCUUUGUCGGGUGAAGGUUCCACAUACAUUUGCAGUUCAUUCUUAUACUCGACCGACCAUAUGCCAGUACUGCAAACGGUUACUCAAAGGCCUUUUUCGCCAAGGAAUGCAGUGUAAAGAUUGCAGAUUUAACUGUCACAAACGUUGUGCCUCUAAAGUUCCUAAAGAUUGUCUUGGAGAAGUAGUGUUUAAUGGAGAACAAGAGCCAGCUAGUCCUGGUCAAGAUAUUGAUAUGCCAAUGGAAGUUGAUAGUAGUGAAACAAAUAGCGAUGGAGGUAGGGGCUUGGAUGAUGUGGAAGAACCCUCUCCUCCUGAAGACAAGAUGUUUUUUAUGGAUCCAGGAGACCUAGAUGGGGACAAAGAUGAAGAGGCUGUCAAGACUAUUAGCCCAUCAACAAGCAAUAACAUUCCGCUGAUGAGAGUGGUGCAAUCUGUCAAGCAUACAAAACGGAAGAGCAGUACAAUGGUGAAGGAAGGAUGGAUGGUUCAUUAUACUAGCCGAGAUAACCUGAGAAAAAGACAUUACUGGAGGCUGGAUAGUAAAUGUCUUACGCUAUUUCAGAAUGAAUCUGGGACAAAGUAUUACAAGGAGAUUCCACUUUCUGAAAUUCUACAAGUCACUCCGCCAAGGGAUUUCUCAAAUGUGGUGCAGGGUAGCAACCCACACUGCUUUGAAAUAAUAACGGACACAAUGGUUUACUUUGUCGGUGAAAACAAUGGCAGCAACCACCACAAUCCUGUUUUAGCUGCUACUGGAGUUGGACUUGAUGUAGCGCAGAGCUGGGAGAAAGCUAUUCGUCAAGCUUUGAUGCCUGUAACACCCCAGACUAGCAUUUGCACCGUUGCAGGACAAGGAAAAGAUCACAAAGAAUUGUCUGUCAGCAUUUCUGUCUCAAAUUGCCAGAUCCAAGAGAAUGUGGAUAUUAGUUCAGUGUAUCAGAUCUUUGCUGACGAAGUGCUCGGUUCUGGCCAGUUUGGGAUUGUGUAUGGAGGAAAACAUAGGAAGACUGGAAGAGAUGUGGCAAUUAAAAUCAUUGAUAAAAUGCGAUUUCCUACAAAACAGGAGAGUCAACUACGCAAUGAAGUGGCCAUUUUACAGAAUUUGCACCACCCUGGGAUUGUAAACCUGGAAUGUAUGUUUGAAACUCCAGAAAGGGUUUUUGUUGUGAUGGAAAAACUUCAUGGCGACAUGUUAGAGAUGAUUCUCUCCAGUGAGAAAAGCCGGCUUCCAGAAAGAAUCACCAAGUUUAUGGUCACCCAGAUACUUGUUGCUCUGAGGAAUUUGCACUUCAAGAAUAUAGUGCACUGUGAUUUAAAACCUGAAAAUGUACUGUUAGCAUCAGCAGAGCCAUUUCCUCAGGUGAAGCUCUGUGAUUUUGGUUUUGCACGCAUUAUUGGUGAGAAGUCUUUUAGGAGAUCAGUGGUUGGAACCCCAGCUUACUUGGCUCCAGAGGUACUUAGGAGUAAGGGCUACAAUCGAUCUUUGGAUAUGUGGUCAGUGGGAGUCAUAAUCUAUGUGAGCCUGAGUGGUACAUUUCCAUUUAAUGAAGAUGAAGACAUAAAUGAUCAGAUCCAAAAUGCAGCCUUUAUGUAUCCGCCAAAUCCCUGGAAGGAGAUAUCUAGUGAAGCAAUAGAUUUAAUAAACAAUUUGCUUCAAGUGAAGAUGAGAAAACGUUACAGUGUUGACAAAUCACUUAGUCAUCCUUGGUUACAGGACUAUCAAACGUGGCUUGAUCUUCGGGAGUUUGAAACCCGCAUUGGAGAACGUUACAUUACCCAUGAAAGCGAUGAUGCUCGUUGGGAAGAACAUGCAUAUGAACACAACCUUGUGUGCCCCAAGCAUUUUAUUAUGGCUCCCAAUCCAGAUGACAUGGAGGAAGACCCAUAGGAAUCAUCAAGGGGAAGGCACUUAAAUCAAUACUGAUGUUUCUCCAGAGCAAGUGUCCUGUUUUGCUCUUCAGCUUCCAUUUAGGAGCAAUGGAGGAUCUCCUGAGUCAGUUUGUGGGUAGCCUAGAUACUUUGGAAAGCCUAUGCAUCUUUGACUAAUAAUGUAAUCCAGCACUGGGGGAAUAGCCACAAAGUAUUUGUGUAACAUUGCCUUACUGGUACAUCACAGUGAUGUUAUUUAAAGAUGAAAUGCACAGUGAAUUGCUGUUUAUGAAUUUUCCAAGGGUUGUUUUUGUAGUUUACGCAACGAAACAAUUGUAAUGGUUUUCUACUUCAUACCUAUUAAGCCAUAGAGUACUAUUUUCUGGUAUUUAGAUGCGUGUGUUGGGAAGCUGCAGAGAAACUGAACCAAAUGAUUACAUGUUUUAUUGUUAUGGCCCAUACAAAAUGCUGGUAUUUAUUGAGUAGGUGUGAUGUGGAAAAGCAAUAAAAGUGAUGGGAGCGAUAAAAGUCAAAAGGUUUUAAUAGUAAAAUCUUGCUCCUCUCUCUUAAUUAAAGCAGCCUCAUGAGGUAAACUUACAUUAUCUUUAUUGAAUAUAGACAAGCUGUGUUUUGCAUUUAUGGCUCAUUAGGAUAGGAGUAAACUGUAACACAUGGUGAGCUAAUAGAAUGCGGCAGACAUUGUGACUUUGAAAUGUACAGAAGACUUUGUGCCUUCAUUUAACAGAGGGACAGACUGCCACCGGGUGGAAAAAAUGGUGCUUAGAAUCAUAUGGUUUGGAAGAGACCACAAGCUCCAUCCUGUCCAACCAUCUGCCAUGCAGGAAAGCACAAAACACUCUAGACAGAUGGCCAUCCAGCCUCUACAUAAAAAUAUUCAGAGAAGGAGGCUCCACCAUGAUGCAAGGCAGCAUAUUCCACUGUUGAGAGCUUACCAUCAGCAAGUUCUUCCUCAUAUUUAGGUGAAUUCCUUUUAUAGUAGAUUUAGUCCAUUGCUGUAUGCCUUAGUCUCGGGAGCAGCAGAAAACAAGCUUGCCCUCUCCUCAAUGUCACAUCCUUUCAAAUACUUAAUCAUGUCCCUUCUCAGUCUUUUUUUCUUUAAGCUCAACUUACCUGGCUGCUCCUCAUAGGGCUUGGCUUCCAUACCUUUUGGUCACUCUUCUAUAGAAAGAGUAUAUAUUUUAAAAAGGACAUGGCUAGAAAUCUCUGGUUUCAUUGAAAAUACGUUUUAUAUUUUGGGCUAUUGGGCGAGACAGGAUUGCAGUGUCUUUUCCCUUUUGGCUUCCUUUAAAUCUUGGUGCAGAAUCAUCGGCUUUACAUUGUACUGGAUAAACUUGUUCCUCUGUGAUUUCUAUAGUGCACAUUUUUACCCAACCACCUUUUGGGAAGUGAUCAAACAUAAAAAUUAAGUUUUGAUACUCUGUGAGUAGUACUUCAUGUUCUAUGAAUUGGGAAGGGAAUGCAUAGGCAACAAUGGUACAACUAGUUAACUUGAACCCAGAAGGGAUAGAAGAAUAGAGUGUGGGAAGGUUAAUAAUAUACAUAGUUGUUCAGUUGUGAAGGACACAGCACCUGUGAGUAAAUUUUUAUUCACUGCAGUUACCUCAUUAAACGGGGAUGAAGAGCUUUUGUAUCAACUUCUGUCACUAUUUUGAGAAUGCUUUUUAGCAAAUAGUGAUAAAUGUUGAACAAGCUGUGCAGAUAGAAGUUUUUUAAUGUGAUUUUUCCCCACUGCAUUUUUCUUCCUAGAGAGAAGGCCACAAUUGCGGCUGUUAAAGCAGCAGUAGAAACUAUGGAAAGAGUGAUUAAUGUUAACCAAUAUAUAUAAAGAUCACACUUACCUAACUUCAGCUAGUAUGGCUAUGACAUUAGCCAUGCCGGCCUAUGGGAGUUGUAAUCCAGCACAUCUGGAGAACAUUAGAGCAGCCUGGUAUAGUUUCUUUUGGGCCAUGGCUUUUAACAGCUGUUGUAAGACCAACAGUAAAAUGCUGCUGUCUUCCCUUGUCCUUAACUGUGUUUUAGCUUGUUAUUGUAUGCUGUGGACACUACCAAAGAUUCUCUUGAAAUGAUGUUCCAUGUCAGAACUAUUUUUUUAAAUAACACACACACACAACAGGAAGAACGCAAUAUGCAAAUGACUGGUUAAAAAUGUACCAAGCUUCAGAAAAAAACUUACACAAUUAUCUAAAUUAAAAUAUUGUCAUUUUAAUGCUAUUUUGCACUGAUUAAAUUGCCACCAAACUAAAAAUCUCUAUUGAUCAGUAUUACUCUCAUAUCCUAUAAGCAACUGGUUGGCUCCUGUGUUAACAGGAGGCUAGACAACAUAAACCACCAAAUAUCUGAUCCAGCAAGAUGAUCUUAUGAUCUUAAUGGCAAAAUUUCAGAUUCAGACAGUGAUUUGUAAACCCUGGAAGGAAUAAAGUAUAGUUGUCACAUGAGUCAGAGUAAAUAAGGUUUUAUUCAUAAUUGUGUGUAUAUGACUUUUUGCAGCUGAAUGUCUGCUUCCAUUAAAAAUACUGAGGUGACCAUGAGCCUGCAAUUCUGAUAUUUGCUCUUGCAUCCUGUUUUUCUACUCAGUUGAUGGAUUUUUCUUUUAAAGUGGUUCAGAUUGACUCUGCAUCUUAUCUGUAUGUUUUGCUACCCCAUGUUCAAAAACACCAUUUACAGUAUGUGGGUGGUGUGAGCUACAAGUUUGGUGCAUUUAUGUUGCUAUUAAAUGGGUGUCAAGAGCCAAUUGUUGGCAGGAACUUGCUUUCUAGUGAUUUCUGUAAAUUGGAUUGGAAAGCUCUAGUAAAUUGCUCAGUGGAUUGCAAUAAAUGUUUUUCCUCCUUAUAGCAUUCCUUGUCUGUUCCAAGUGGGCUGCAAGGAGUGUUUGGGCAAAAGUAAUAAAGUUAUGCCAGCAUCUUGUAGAAAUAACAGUGUUCAAAUAUGUCCAAUUUCUAUUGCAAGUUUAUGCAGCAAAAGGGCUGGAUCAAAUGCGUCCCCAAUUUCUAGUUUGAACAGUGCAUCUAAAAUAUUCAGAAUAAGUCUUAUACUCAUUGUGACAUAGUCUGGACUAAGUACAUGCCUGUGAGUGCAACACUAAGAUCAGUUUCAGUGUUUGAUAUUUUGAAAAGCAGCAGAAAAGGUCAAGCGGGCAUGAUUUAUACUAUGCAUCUUGAAUUAGUUUUAAGCAGGGCUGCGGACCAGUAGAACAGGAAUAGAAACAUUGUUGCAAAUAAAGAAAACUGGAAUGUUUCUACUCUGUACUAGUUGUUAAACACAUUUUACAAACUAUAAAAUGCAUAGCUUCCAAUGAAUGCCUAAAAUAUUAAUCCAAGCUUUAGGUCACUGAAAGGUUGGCAUUAAUCAAUUGCUCCAGAAUAAUUUGUACCCAGUGUUGCAUUAUCAUUACUCUUUGUGUUUUUUUUAAUUAAGUUGCAUUCAUUUCAGCAAUAGAGCUGUAUUGACGCUAGAAGGUAUUCAUGUAAAACUUGUAGCCUCAAAAAGACACUGUCAAGUACUUUUAAAAUAUUUUUGUAUGUUCCAUUGUUUGUAAAUAUCUUCUAUGCUUGAAAAUAAAUUUUAUUUCCCUA